AACCAGGGAUGCGCACUAGUUAUCGUUUUACCAGAUUUUUCUCAGCAUUACUCAACACUGUUUAUAAUCGAAAUAUAGCUAAGUCGAUAAAUCAAAUCAGAAGUCGUAGUCGAGUUCAGUAUUUUCGAUAGUUAGAUAGAGCUUUCGAUGUUUCGUUUUCAACACUGGUAAACAGGCUGUCUACCAAUAAUAAUAGGAAAGAAAAACACAUCGUUCGGGCCUAAUUGGCCAUUAAAAACGGAAAGAAAACAAUAGAACGCGCUGCAGUUUGGCAUUUUUCUAAUCCCUUAAGGGUGGAGACAGGUAUACACACAUAUAUAUUGGCAGUGCCGUUAGCUAAAGCGAAGUGAAAAUGCAUCUGCACCCAACAAAUGGCAAUAUUUGCGAGCAGAUAUGAAAGAAAACUACCAAUUGACGACACCGAGGCAAUAACUUGCGAAAUAGCAACAGUUGAGGAGGUCGACGGACAUACGGAAUACCUGCUGCGCGUGCAGAGAGGUGAUAGCUCCUGGAACGUUCUACGCCGUUACAAUGACUUCAACAAGCUGCACAAAAGUCUUCGUAUAUCUGGCAUUGAAUUGCCGCUGCCUGGCAAACGCAUCUUCGGUAACAUGCGUCCGGACUUCAUAGCUCAACGGAAAGAAGCAUUACAAGUUUACAUAAACACAAUACUAAUGAAUCCCAUUUUGGCAUCAUCGCUGCCAGCCAAGCGCUUCGUUGACCCCGAAAGCUACUCGCAAUCAUUCCAUGACCAUGCAGUGCAACAUGCUUUGCUCUGCUUACGCAACGACACGGUGUGGACACUGGGUGCCACCAUGGGUGCGAUAGGUUGGCGGCUACGCAAACAUUACUUUAAGGCGACUACCAAGCCGCCAGAGAAGAGCAGCAACAAGUUGGUCAAGAGCGGCUCACAGAACCAACAAAGCAAGCAUUUCGCGGCUGGCAGCAAUGGCGGUGGUCACUCGGUAUCGAUUGAUGCGGGCACAGUGGAUCCGAAUGCGGAAAUGGUGGCCGAAUGGUUGGAGUACGGACCUGACAAGUACGUCGAUGACAAGGAAAUGAAUGGCGUGCUGAAAAGCCUAAUGGGCCUACAGCAUCCGCACAUUGAGUCCAUAGUGCUGGCAGGGCACACCGAAAACGGUUGCUUGAUCAUCAGAAAAUUCCAUAAGCAUGGCACUCUCAAGGAUGUGCUCUGCAUGGCAACGCCAAAGAAUCCAUUUUUGAGCAAGUACGGCAAUCCCAAAGGACGCACAGCUCUCUCCAUGAAGCAAGUGGCGACCUAUGGCAAGCAAAUUUUAGAAACUCUUAUAUUCUUGCACUCUAAAGGCUAUGCUUACGGUCACUUACAUUCGGGAAAUAUUGUCAUAGUGGAUGACUGCGUCAAGCUGUUGGACGUUGAGAACUAUUUGGUGGGUGUGCCGGCGUUUUAUCGACCAUUUUUCGUGCAGCACAGCAAGAUACAUACAAUUGAGACAGUUGACGUUUACUGUUUUGGUCAUGUGCUGUUCGAAAUGGCCAUGGGCUAUCCGCUGCAGGAGUCGGUGGUGCGACAAAUUACAGAAUGCCCCGAAGCAUUAAAAUCUCUGUUGGAGAGCAUACUAUCGAAGGAAGCAUGCAAGACAGGCCUGCCCACACUGGAGCAACUGCUCGGUCACAGAUUCUUUACGCAAUAUGCAACAGACAGUGGAACCACAGCCGAAAAGCCGUACUUCAAGUUGUCCCUGAACGCAAAGGAAUUGCUCAGGCAGGCGGCUGUUAAGUGCGAGAAUCGUUUGCGUGAUGAGCAAAAGUCGGUUAAGAACCAAAAGCGUAUUGUACGCGUGCAGGAGCUAAUGAGCUCCGAGGAGGAGAAGCGCAAAUCAAAGCAAAAAGCUAAAUUAGAGCACAAACAGUCGAAGCUUAAGCAACAGGGUUCGCUCCAAGCAAGCAAUGGACGCUUGUCGCUGGCGGCCGUGACAGCUGCAUCGACCAGCACAGCUACUGUCGGCGGUGGGCUAAGUACAGCAGACUCUUUCAACCGCUCCGACAGCACCCCAGAAGAGCCCCAUCUGGCUGGUAUUAAAUCAAUCAUGCCAGCUGCGCAGCCGUUGCACCAGGUGCUGCCAGCGAGCAGCGCUGCCGUGGAGAGGCAGACAUCGACUCCGAACAUUGCAACAGAAGACGUUGACGCUGGCGAGGAUGAGCCCACGCGCUCGGCAUUGCUCGAGUCCAUUUGCAAAUUCAAUCGCGGCUCCCUGCGCAAAGUACGCUCAAAUGAUUAGGCGAUGCGCACAGAAUUUUACAUAUUUACAUUUUGGACCAAAUGUGGCGUUAUGAAAUAACGGUUCCAUUAAAUUAAAAGGAAAAACAAAGAACAAAUCAAUGGAGAAUAACCAAAAACAAAGAAAUAGAUACAUUUUUAGAUCCAUAUAACAAUACAUAUUGGUAAACUAAUGCAUCUAUUUAUUGGCAUACUUAAAGAAAACAAUCCAGCAAAUAACUAUAAGUAACUAUAUAUAUAUAUAUAAAUACAUAUAUAUUUACUAACGAAACCCACUGAAUCUGUGUCCACAAAAUAACGUAUAAAAGUGUUUUAUGAACUCAAAUGAUAUGUUCGUCUAUAUAGUAGUAUAUAUACAUAUAUCUAUGAAUGUAAGUUACAAAUCACACACGUCUGCGAUACGGAGACGACUUAAGGUCAAGCGUACGCAACUAAAGCUUUACAUAUACAUAUACAUGACCACUACACGACUGAGACUAACUUUGGUACGAGUAUCUUAAAUGAAAUUCACGAUUUAAAACAAGAAGACAAAAAAAAACAAUUUAAAAAUUUCCAAAAAUUGUUAACUAUAAGUCUGCACCGAAAUUCGCA